GUGGUGUCGUUUUCACGUUGCCGGCGGCGUCGUUUACGUGCGCGACGUUUAUUACCUCGUAAACGCGCUUCCUUUCUUGGCUCAUUUCGCUGGCGCACACCGUCGUGGCCGGAGAUAAACCGCUCAACCGCGAAACGGCUAACUGAUUAAUCCUUGCCGUAAUUGCGAAUCAAGACGAAUUCGGAGGAGCAACCCGUGCGACCAAUGAUGGACUCCAAAUGGUUUCUACUGCUCUUAGGAGCGUUGGCGAUUGUCUCCAUCGGUGGGCAGUACAUCAGCACCGAAGACAAAGCGUCCUGGGGUAAUAUGGCAAAAUACGAUAUCCAUCGUGCACUCAAAGUCCAACAGAAUACCAGGAAAGCAAAAAAUGUGAUACUAUUCGUCGGUGAUGGUAUGGGACUGUCCACUGUCACCGCAUCAAGAAUUUUAGAGAAAGGCGAAAAAGGGUUCCUGGCUUUUGAAAAACUACCGCAUAUAGGUGUACUUAAGACGUAUUCUGCUAAUAAAUUAGUCCCGGAUUCGAUGGCUACCGCAACGGCCCUGUUCACCGGAGUAAAAACGAAUCAAAGAACAGGUGGGGUUGACGCAACUGUCCAACAAAAUGACUGCCCGCGCUCUUUACUACCGGAAACCCGCUUGGAGUCAUUCUUUACCUGGGCCCAGCGUGCGAAAAUGUCGACUGGGUUCGUGACCACCACAAGGGUCACCCAUGCGACACCAGCUGCUUUAUAUGCGCACACUGCAAGUAGAUACUGGGAAUGCGAGGCGACCAUGCCACCCAACGCUACACAAUGUAAAGAUAUCGCUAGGCAAUUGAUUGAAGAUAUGCCAGGGAAAAAUAUAAAUGUGAUCAUGGGUGGAGGUCGUCAAAUGCUCCAAUCAAAUGCAGUAAAUCGUACCAAAGACUUUGUAGACACUUGGGCUUGCUACAGCAGAGAUGGUAGGCAAUUGAUCAAUGGUUGGGUCAGUGAUAAAAUGACCCGAAAUGUGUCCCACCAGUUCUUAGAAAACAGCAGUGACAUAGAAAAAAUGAAAAUAACCGAUUACACUUUGGGCAUAUUCGCCAAUGGUCACAUGAACAUGGAACACGAAAGAGAUAAAGGACAUGGAGGUAUGCCCUCCUUAUCAUACAUGACUGAAGCUGCUAUCAAACUCUUGGAAAAAAGAAACACCGGCUACGUACUGUUGGUUGAAGGUGGUCUCAUUGAUUACGGACAUCAUCGUGGCAAGGCAAAAAAGGCCCUGGGCGAGACCAUAUCGUUUAGUGAAGCUAUUUCCAAAGCUAUGGCAAUGGUCAACCUGGAAGAGACUCUGAUCAUCGUCACCAGUGACCAUGGCCAUCCAAUGGUCAUCGCGGGUUACGCCGAUCGCGAUCAGAAGAUCACCGGAAUCGCGGGCAAUUCAAAAAUUGAUGGUAUACCAUACACCAGUCUACUCUAUGGAAUUGGAGGGCCUAAUAACUACAAAUAUCAAAUCAUCAACGAGACGGUAUUCAGAGAGGAUCCAGAGAGGAUCGACACUGAUGAUUUCGAUUACUCCCAGCAAGCUGGUGUCAGAACCCACGAGGUACCACAUGACGGCACCGAUGUGUUAGUUUACGCUCAAGGACCAAUGGCGCACCUCUUCCACACCGUUCACGAGCAGACUUAUGUCGCGUACGUGAUCGCGUAUGCGGCGCAAAUCGGCCCGUACGCGCACCUGGCCGACGCCGUGCAAAAUCACGCAAAUUGGAAAUCGGUUGGAAACAAUACACACUUACUCGCCGUGUUCCUGCUGUACCUCAACUGGCGCCAGUGACGACCCUGCGACCCUGGCAACGAACUUUAAUUGAAUUCAAGCAGCACUAGGUUAGAGUUCAGCGCACACAGCGUUAGCAUUUGUUAUUCACUAAUCAAGUCAACUUGGCGCAACAUCUACCGAGCACGAACCACAAACGCGGAGUUGAAUGAUAACUAAGUAAACACCGCACAAACAAAAAUUGUUUUUAUGCGCGCUUGCACGAUAUGAAGUUCAAAGAGCGUUGAGUUAAGUUGUCUGCUGUCAUAUUUCAUUUACUUAUCAUACGCGCCAAAGUUGAAUUAAUGUAAGAUAAAUGCAGAUCCAAAGCGACCAAAACUGUAAUAUUACCUGUUAAUUUCAUUUAAGCAGAAUUUCUUAUUAUGCAAUGUUAAGAUAUGAAAAUAUUUUAUGCCG